GCGCCUCUCCCUCCCCCUCGCUUGUGCUGUGCUCCUCGUAGCCUCUGCCUUCCUUCUUCGAUCGAUUCCCCACCACCACGCGCAAACCAACCACGCCACCCGUCGGAAACCCCUCCCUCAGCCCCGAAGGCCGAAGCUCAGCAAGACCGAUCGAUGCCGCUGCUCGCGCCGGGCCCGCGCGUGCUCCACUGCGCCGCGCCGCGGGACCCGACGCCCCACCCGUCCUCGGCGGCCGCGUGCUCCACCGUCGGCGGCGCCGCGCGGUGCCUGGGGGUUUCGCGGGGCGGCGGCGGCGGUCGCGGGGCCAGGAGAGGAGGAGGAAGAUGGGUGAGGGCGGAGGCGGCCUACUUCUGGGACGCGUCGGUGCCGGUGGAGAUGGGCGAGAUCCACAGCAUGGAGGCCCUCGACGCCGCGCUCGCCUCCUCCGUCGACCACAACCAGCCCAUCAUCAUCGACUGGAUGGCCAGCUGGUGCCGGAAAUGCAUCUACCUCAAGCCCAAGCUGGAGAAGAUAGCAGGAGAAUUCCCAGGAGUCAGGUUUUACUUUGUGGAUGUCAAUAAAGUUCCACAGGCCGUGGUGAAAAGAGGCAACAUAAGUAAAAUGCCUACUAUUCAGUUAUGGAAGGAUGGAGAAUGGAAGGAGGAAGUCAUUGGAGGCCAUAAGGCGUGGCUGGUGAUGGAUGAGGUUAGAGAAAUGAUCCAGAAGUACAAGUGACUGAUUACAUAUACUACUGUAUAUAGAGAUUUGAGAUGAUCUCCUAGGACACUGUAAACUCACCAAUGGAGUUGUAUAUUUCUGCUCAUCAAUGCAGGAGUACUACAUUGAACACUUCAGUUUUGCGUUGA